UCUGGUUGGUAAUAUAGUUGUGGCAGUCUUAAGGACUCACAAAAACAAAUACUUCUUUCUAAAUCUAAUUCUAUAUUGAAAGGAUUUUCUCUCUUGCGUCUUCUCUCGUACCACUUACUCUCUCUCUCCCGCUCUUUCUCUUGCCGUGGCGGUAACGUUCUCUGAGAAUCUAUUUCUCUAUUUAAAACCAACAACAACCAAAUAAAUUCUGCACGACACAGGACAUAGGACAUAGGACAUUCGGAGAAGAACGAAAUUGUUGAAUAACAAAAAUCGAGGGUGCACAUUUCGCUGCUGCUCCACUCCUUGCACUUGUCUCAAUUGGAGCGCGAGUGAAGCACCAUUCGACCAUCAAACAGACCCGCUGCUUAACCACACACACUAGCAUUCACCUUCCCUCCUCUGUGCUGUACUGUGCUCUGCUGUGCUGUGUGAUGUGUCCUCCAAGCUCCAAGCCAACACUACAUCUACCACACAUGGUAAAGGAUAUUUAAUUUUCUCCGCUUUUUGAACUGAGAUUUGUGAGUGCUACUUUGGUUUGGCCAACAACGAGUUGAAAUUAAGAAAUUAAACGAGGAAUCCUCAGCCUGAAAAAAAGGCGCAGCCACGUCAAACAAAAACCAAAAACCAAAAAAUCAAAAACUUACAAAAAGUCAGUCAGAAUAAGACAAAAACCGAAACAGUUGACUUGACGGGUGUGUUUCAGUUGAUUGUGAGUGCCAACGAUAACGACCACGACCACAACGCAUACAACAACCAAAGCAAAGGAAAAGCCCAAUGUCCUUUACACCAGCAGGUGUUAUGCAAGAACGUCCUCUGUCUUUUACAACAAACUAUGAAGGGUGCUGUGUUAUCCUAGAGGGAAAUAAGAAAUAAAACUACGCAAGGAUAUAAAAUCGGGAAAUAGUUCAAAGUUUUGUUUGUGAGUAGUGCGCGAUGGUAAGAGCAAUUUUCAUUCCCAAAUGUUUACAUAACAUUCAUUUUGUAAAGUGAUUCUGAUUUUCGGUCCGCGUUCCUUUUCGAACUAUUCUAGACGUCCGUUGUUGUCGUCGCGAGAGUUGUCCUUUAUAUCAAUCAUAAAGCGCAAUGGUUAUUUUGAAUUGUUAGACUCCAGAGAAAUUAGAAAACAAAAAAAAAGGACACUUUUCAUGAGAAACGGUAUUGUAUCUACUCUCUUUCUCUAUUUUCCUUUCUUAUGAAAUGACAAUAAUAUAAAUAAAAUGUACAUAUUUUAAAGCCAAAGCAAAAAUCAACAAGAACAAAAGAAAGAAGAAAAGGAUUUAAUUUAUAUAUUUAAGUACCUACCAACCUAUAAGUACACAUAGAUACAAUAUUUUGUUUCCAGUCUUGAGCAUGAAAUCUUUUCAAAAUAUUUUACAUCUAAAACGGAACUGUAUCCUACUUCAAUUUAAAUGAGAAAAGAAAAAAAAAAACAAACUCGAAGGACAGGACAACAAAACAAUACGAAAACAGAAACAGUUCAGCAAGGAUCAAAAAGUAGCUGGUGCUGAAACUGGAGCUGGUAUAGGUAGGUAAGUACAUAGUGCGCAGAAAAGAUACAUCAAAAGAGCUGUACAGAAAAAAAAAGUUAGAGAGGAGGUUGAAUUGCACACCCAAGGACCAGCAGAAGAUGACUGCAGAGGAAGCACGUAAAAGUGGCGUCUAUCUGUCGGCAGAAUUGUAUUUGUAUCUAAAAUCCACUCAUUCAAUUGCAUCAGCAGCAUCAGUAGUGUCGUCGUCGUUGUCAUCGUCGUUUUCUUCUUUUUCACCAAAAAACGUUUUGGGGCACAACAACAACAACAACAUCAACAACUUUUGCCCCCUGUCGAAUGUAAAUAGUUUCAAACAAUACACGAAUUUCAGUUUGAAUUCGAAAGGACCAACAACUACUGGUCGAUGCUUUCUAACACUCCCUCUUCCCCUUUCAAUCAUGCAAAAUUGAAAACCAAAUAAUUUACAUUUAUGUACUUACCUAUAUCUGUGUGUACGUAGAUGUAUAAAUGCGCUAGUAGUGGUGAAGGAUACCCAUCGAUACCACAUCUAAGCCAAUGUUAAUGGCACUGGCACCCAACUAAAUGUGGCCGACUUAUUUGCCGGAUCCGAUAAAUACGGAGAUAGAAAAGCAAAAAACAAGCCUCUCUCUGUAUAGUACGUCAUUAGCACAAUAAGGACACAUAUCUUUCAGAUUCACGAUUUCACCAGAUACCAGAUACGCGCGCCUUUGAAAGCGGAAAAUCUUUUCCGCAAACACCGUUAAGCUUGUUAACAAACUCAAUAUUGAGCUAUAUAGAGCUGAUGUUGAAUGCAUUCUAUAGUCCUCGAUAUUUGCUACAGGAUCCUGAGUAUGAGUAUUUGAUGCGAAUAUAGUCGCAUUAUUUCCGUAAAGCUGGUUACACAUGGGAAUUCGAUAAAACUACUUGAACCAGCACAUAUACUUACCUAUCGUACCCUCUGCCUCGACAACUUGCUAGUCUCUCUCGCUACCACAUCCGAAGCCGAACACGUUUAAAAUUUUAAAGUCCUCUAGUGUACUGUACCCUGUAACGUUGCGUUGUUCGACGUUCUCGUUCUCGUGUUCACAGUUCUCAUCCUCAACGCCCGCCGCGCCGGCCGCCGCCACCGUGUCGCACAGCUUCGCUUCGUCCUUGUUUGUGAAUUGUGAAAUUUAAAAAAAAAAUCCAUCGUCGUUGGAAGUGUGUGCAUUUGGCGCGAGACUACACUUCACACCACACCAGUUGUAGUUGUGUUCCCUUGCUUUGGCAGAAAAAUCGAAGGAACUACAACUACAUUUAUGUGUACAUAUUUCAGUUCUUUAUUUUUCUUUCUUGUUUUCGUACUCUGAUGUGGUGUAAACACUAAACGCACAAAAACUCUAUCCCUGCAUACGUGUAAACAUAAAAUAAAUAAAAAUAAAAAUAAAACAAAAAUCCUGUUAAGUUUUAUUGAAAGUUUCGCAGCGAAUAAGUAUUACAUGGAAAGGAACGCCCUCUGGUGUGCAAUUAAUUUAAUAUUUACCUUGCAAAUCUUUUAAACUUUAUCUAUGUGCUCUAAUAAUUAAACAAAAACAAAAAAUAAGUGAAUUUAAUAGUAAAGAAAAUUCUAAAGUUAUAUUUAAAUAAAAAAAGCAACAAUACAAAAUGGCGUUUGCAGCUGCUCGUAUGAUAUUAAAAGAUAAACGGCGGAAAUCAAAGGAAGAGUUCUCAACACCGCAAAGGACUCGCAGCAAGGCAAGAAGUGUCAGCACAAGUAGCUUUAGGAGUCUCAGUCAGGCAAGAAAUAAACCAGCCGAUGGAUCGAGUCACAAUGCCAAAUCUGGACAGAGGGAUAAAACACCUGGACCAGGUCAAAAGGGAGGUGCACCAGCCAAAGCCACAGCCCAUUCAGCUAAACAGCCAGCACCAGCUAAACAAUCAUCUUGUUCUAGCAGUAAGGGAUCCUUGACACCUAAACAUUCGUUAAGUGUAGGUGUUCCAAAAUCAGGUGCAGCUGUUGGGAAAUCACAAAAGAAAGGCAAAAAGAAGCAUCAGACCUACGAUUUGGUGGUCAAAAUUGAUUUGACGGAACAUGGACUUUCCGAAGAUCAAGUUGCUGAAUUCAAAGAAGCAUUCAUGCUUUUUGACAAAGAUGAGGACGGUACCAUAUCUAUGUCAGAGUUGGGUGUUGUUAUGCGUUCCCUAGGUCAACGUCCAAGUGAAACCGAACUUCGAAAUAUGGUGGAUGCUUUUGACCAAAACGGAAAUGGAACCAUAGAAUUCAAUGAAUUUCUUCAAAUGAUGUCUAAGAAAAUGAAGAUUCCAGAUGGUGAAGAUGAACUCAAAGAAGCCUUUAAAGUAUUUGAUAAAAAUAAUGAUGGACUGAUAUCAGCGUCUGAAUUACGUCACGUUAUGACGAAUUUAGGUGAAAAACUUUCAGAAGCCGAAGUAGAUGAUAUGAUGAAGGAAGCUGAUAUGGAUGGUGAUGGCAUGGUCAACUAUACCGAAUUCGUGAUGAUCCUGACUAAACGAAACUAGUGCAAACUUUGUAAUCGUCGAGGUAGAAAGAAAUCAUAAAUGGAAUUGCUUCAGAGAUAAAUUUAUUUAAUCCUUUGUUUGUGCUCAUUUUAAAUUGAGCACAAUCUUUGGAAUAAAUAAAUUUUUAAAUAAGCCAACAUCACAGAAGUCAGAAAAGAAAUAUAUAUAAAUAUUUCUUUUAAGGAAUGAGUAUAACAAACAUUUAUGAUAAAAUUUGCUAACGAAAACACAGGACCAGUUAGAUUAUAUUGUAUUCAUUAUAUAAUAUAAGACAACGCAAAAUUGUUUCGUACAAAACCUCGAUGAUUAUUUAUAAGUAGGUGCUUAUAAAACCCGAUCCUUGAAUAUAAAACAAAAACCGAAAAAACUAACAAACUCUGAUGGACCACAAUCAUAUAUAGUCCAUCCAAAAAAGAAUAAUAAAUCAAAUAAUAGAAAAAAAACUCUAUGAAAAUAAAUUAAUAGAUAAACAUCAUAAUAAUUCAAAACACAAAUAUUACAAAACUUACUUUCCAAAAAAUAAAAGAAAAUAAAUAAACAAAAUUAACCUAUCAGAACAAAAAUACUGCAUGCCGCAUGUUUUGUACAUAAUGUAAAAGAUUCUUAUAGCCAGGACUAUACAUACUUACAUAUGUAAUUUAUUUAUAUAGACAUUAUGUAAUUAAAUAAAUAAAAAAGUCAAAUGAUAAGAAAUGGAAUCUUUAUACAGAUUUUGAGCCGGAAAUGACACUAAAUAAAUCAAUCUACAAAAUGUAUUAUAUACAAAAUAUUAUGUGUAUUUACGAGCCAUUGCUCUCUUUCUCUCAAAACACACCGUUAUUCUAUUCUAAACUCAAAAACCGCAUUUUAAAUUAUUAACUAAAAAUAAUAACAAAUAACAAAAGUCUAAUGCAAUAAAAUUGGAAGUACAUUUAUACAUUAUACUCACGAUUUUCGAGUAGAAAUAGAAAUUCAAAUAAUAUUAUAGUCAAUAACUAUACAUAAUACAUUCUGCUUCAAUUUGAAAACAAAAUACAAAACAUAGAUGGCGCUUUAAAAGUAACCAUGAAUUUGUUUAAUUUUACAAAAACUAAACUACUAAUGUAGUAUAAACAUUUCCCCCGAAAAUAAUAAGGCGGCUACAUAAAAUUAUACCUUACAAAAUUUAUCAAUGCGUGUGUAGCAUAUUGAUGUUUCAAUGUAUAACAAUUAAUCAACUAACUUUUGAAAUGACAUUUUUAUUGGAAUAUCCAAAUUUUUAUAGACAACAUAACAAAUUGAUGGGCGCUUAGGUAAAAUAAAACAAAACAAAAAGAAAA